CCAUGAAUCAUUUUGUAUCCAUUGUUGUCUUGUUGUGUAACCUUCACCCACAAGUAGAUAGUAUCUGGGGGUAUUUUUCCUUGGCAUGAUGUAGCAGUAUUACUAUCAGUCAUUAUUUAGGAGGGUGACACAGUGAUAACGUGUGGGCUAUAUUUACACCCACCCCGGUGAGUACUGUGUAUAUAAAUACGGCAGCAUGGCUCAGGCCAUUGACACAAACAGCGCAGCUCCUCCCGCACCAUGCCCGCCUUCUCCUACCUCCCCCAGGCGCAGGGCAGCGCUCACACCCACUUCAGACCCAUGUGCAGCCAGGAGAGGAUCGUGCCAAUCCGCCUCCUCCAGCCAAGAUUUGGGAGGUCGGGGUCCAGCAUGCAGCUAUCUGCCCCCCAUCUCCAGAAGAGCCAGGAGUGCCAGGCCCAGCCGCAGCCAUCCUCCUCCCCCCCUUCAGACCUCCAUACAUGGCUGAGCGAUAUGGUGCAGCAGGAAAGCAUCAGGCCGGAGGAGAGCAGCCGAUACUGGCGGCCCAGCACCAACAGCUCCCCCUCCCUGCCGCUGGCAGAUCAGGGCCCCAGGGGCCCCGCGGAGUCCUCCCAGGAGCGCCUGGCUUUGCAUCUGGCCGAGUUGGAGAAGCAGGACAAGUAUCUGCGAGAGAAGAACCGAUAUCGCUUCCACAUCAUCCCCGACGGUAAUUGCUUGUACCGAGCGAUCAGUAAGGCCAUGUACGGCGACCAGAGCCUGCACUCCGAGCUCCGGGAGCGCACCGUGCACCAUGUGGCCGACCACCUGGACACCUUCAACCUGAUCAUCGAGGGGGACAUCGGGGAGUUCCUGAUCAACGCCGCCCAGGAUGGAGCCUGGGCCGGGUACCCAGAAUUACUAGCCAUGAGCCAAAUGCUCAAUGUCAACAUCCACCUGACCACUGGAGGUCGCCUGGAGUGCCCCACUGUGUCCACCAUGGUGCACCACCUGGGGGCAGAGGACCCCUCCAGGCACAGCAUCUGGCUAAGCUGGCUCAGCAAUGGGCACUAUGAUGCUGUCUUUGGGGAACCCUUACCCAAUCCGGAGUAUGAGAGCUGGAGCAAGCAGAACCAGGCCCAGAGACACCGAGACCAAGAGCUGGCCAAGUCCAUGGCCCUUUCCCUGUCCAAAAUGUACAUUGAGCAGAACUCUUGUUCCUGAGAUGUCUCCUUCUAAACCUUGAGCAGAUGGACCUGGACAAGGUGGAACCCCAACCCUUCAAUCCUUGAGGAAAAGGACCCUCUAACCCUGACCACACAAGGGGCCUAAAACCCCUCCAGCACUUUAAACCUUCUUCUUGCCCCCCCCCCCCUUCCCCUUAGACUUGAGGCCUUAUGGUUUGUUUAUUGUGUAGUUGUACCCUCGGAUAAUAAACUCCAUGUGCUAUUUAUACUGUGUCAGAUCCAUUGACAAGAUGUCUCUCUGAUAUUAAAAAAAAAAAGCGAUUCUAUUUGUACAAAAAGUCUAUUUUGCUACAUUUUGUUUGUUUACUAUUCGCCUUGUUGUGGAGAACUGGAUACUUUGUAUCGGUCUGGGCGGAGGGGGUGGGGCAGCAGCAUGGCGAUAUCUCCUUUCUUCUGUGUUGCAGCUCAGUAUUUAUUAAUCCGAUUCCUAUUUUUCAAGUUUUUAGUUUUUUUUUUUGUAAUGUUUUAUGGGAUUUCUAUGUACAUUCUAGUGACAUUCCUUGUUUUUAGUUUUGGAAUGAAUAAAUUUUCUUAACUUUUGUUUUUCAAUCAGUGUUGUUUGUUCUUAACCCCUUUGUCUGGCGGCAGAGAGAUGGUCCUGCAGUAGGUGGCAAAGUGCGGCCUGUUCAGACUGCGCAUUUUGGACAGUGUGUGCCUCCAGCUGUUGCAGAACUAGAAUUCUCAGCAUGCCCAGACAGCCUUUUGAUGUCUGGGGAUGCUGGGAGUUGUAGUUUUGCAACAGGGAAACAUUGCGUUAGAGUAUUUCUCGGUUCUACUCCUUGGUAAAAAUAUUUUGUGUUGACAUAGCCUUACAGCAGUGUUUUCUAAACAGUGUGUCUCCAGCUGUUGCAAAACUACAAUUCCCACGGCUGUCCGGGAAUGUUGGGAGUUGUAGUUUUGCAACAGCUGGAGACACACUGUUUGGAAAACACUGCCUUACAGUGUUAUGCAAUGGUGAUUUAUAAACCAUUGUAUUCGUGUUAUACAAUGGUUUGGAAAUCCCUGCCUUAGGGUGUUACACAAUGGUUUCAUGCUGGAAGUUGUAGUUUUGCAACAGCUGGAGGCAUCGUGUUUGGGGAAACACAAACAACUGAGUAUUUCUCAGUUAUGGUGCCACUCCUUGAUGAAAUACUGUGUGUUCACAUAGCCAUACAGCAGUGUUUAUUCCAAAUAUGGUUUCUUCAGCUGUUGCAAAACUACAACUCUCAGCAUGCCCUUUUACUAUCUGGGGAUGCUCGGAGUUGUAGUACUGGGAAACAUUG